AUGGGAAGUAAAGGGGCGAUGAAGGGAAGAGGAGCGACGGGCGACUCGAAGUGGAUCCGAAUGUUCUUACUGGUCAUGAUGUCUACAGAAUCUGAGCUGAGAAAAUUCCUGACAGCCAGAGCAUCAGGUGCUUCUGUAGGGUUAGGGUUUAAUAACGUUUUAAAUCUCUAUAAACACCUCUGGUUCUCCAUCAUUCUCUCAGGAGUCGUUUGUGAAGAUCUUCUCUACACCAUCAGAGCUGGAGAUGACGUCACUUUGUCUUGUGAAAAUGUGAUUAAAGGUAACAGAAACUGUAACACCACCACCUGGAACUACAAUAAACUAGGAAGAGCAGCACAAGAGCUGGUUGAUCACGGCCAGGUUAAAUACAGCAGAUCAGACCCACUGAGUCUAGCAGGAAACUGUUCUCUGGUUCUGAGGAACAUCUCAGCUGAGGAUGCUGGUUUAUACACCUGCAGACAGUAUGAAAUAGAAGGAGGUAGUACAUCACGUCGUGAUGCUCCUGUUUACCUCUCUGUUGUUACCCUGAGAGAACAAACAGAGCAGAACAAGGUGACGUUCACCUGCUCUGUGUCGCCGUACGAUGAAUGCAGACGUAAAGUGAAGUGGUUGUUUAAGGGUAACGAUGUGGAGAAAGAUCAUCCUGAUAUAAAGACAUCAUCUCCAUCUUCCUGCUCUGCUGCUGUGACCUUUCAGACCUCCACCUACGUUUACUCAUCAAGGUUUAAGUUAUUCAUAUGUGAAGUAGAGACAGAAAACAAACAGCAGCUUUUUACCUUCAGCUCUGGUCCAACAGGAGGGAAAACCGACACGACGGAGUCUGCAGGUGGAUCUCCACCAACACCUGGACCCAGCUGCACAGCAGUCUGGCUCAGGUUCCUGAUUGGUUCUGUGGGUUUAGCCGCGCUGACAGCAGGUGUCGUCGUCACCAGCAGACGGACCAGAGCUAAAGGGAGGAAAACGCAGACGGACUCAGGCAUGGUGUGUGAUGAUGGGGCCGAUGGUGCAGCUGACUAUGAAAACAUCAGAACAUCCAGCGUUUGACCCUCCUGCCUCCAGCUGACUCCACACAUCGGUCAUCAGAUUUUAGCUCAACUUCAUUUAUUCCAUCUUUGAGCUAAUCUGCAGAAUUUAGCUGGAAUAUUCGUUCAUUUGGGCUUCAGACAGUGGCAGAAUUUUUAUGGUUGUUUUGUUUAAACCAUUAAAGAGUCGCUGAUGGGGGAAAAAUUCAGAUGUAAAGAAACGAAGCUGUUUACAGGCACUGCCAUGUUGCUGGAUUUUGGGGAUAAUGAAUCCGAGCCUUUAGGAAGUUGGGAUAAAUUUCCAACAAACUCACUUGAACACUUUUCAAGCAUCAAUUUACAUCCAAACAUAUUGGGGGAAAAUAUUUCAACACGCAGCAGCUACUGUAUGAAUGCCUAGGUUUCAGAGGCAGGAAAGUGCCUCAUUGGUUUACACAAAGGGGCAGGACUUCUUUACAAAAGGGGUGGGACUUAAAUAUUGUUCUGGAAUCAGCCAUUGGGGGCGUUUGUUUUAUGACACAAUUAUUUUCCUGUUUCUCCUUAUAACUCAUGAUGAUGAUGUUUAGACAUGUUGAUCAUUUUAUAUUUAUUGCGCCGAUUUUGAACCUAAAGACAAAGAAAGGAACAGGAACAAGGGCUGCUUUCCUUUUCUACAGAGGAACAUACUAGCUGUUAGGGGACUAGCAUGACUUCUAAAUGGAAUGGAAUGAUCUGUGUGUUUUUGUGUAUCAUUGGGUGGCUUCACAUGAUCUCGCUCGCCUCUCGUAUGCAGGGGUUUUCAAGGAUUGGUGCUGGGCCUGUUGUUCUCCCUUAAUUUGCUACCUCUGGGUUCUAUUUUUAUGAAACAUGGAUGUUCUUUUCAUCUAUAUGCAGACAACGCCCAGGUUUAUAUUCCCAUUAAACCUGACCUACCUGCAGAGGUCACCACUGGCCACUAGGGUGUGCUGCGAUCAAGCCUCGAUGGAAAAAGGUGUACAGUGAUCCCUCGCUACUUCGCGGUUCGUUUAUCGCGGAUUCACGACUUCGCAGAUUUUUUCUUUGGAGCCUUAUUCAAGGGAAAUUCGCC